AUGGCGACUGCAACGGACGGUGCGGAAGCCCCUCUGUGUGUGUUCAUCAGCCACGACCCCUUGAGUCUGGAUUUGCUGAUGAAGAAGGUGUCUGACACCGGUUGCGGGGCCAUUACCACGUUCUCAGGCACCACGAGGGACAACUUCGAUGGCAAAGAGGUCGUCCGUCUCGAAUACGAAGCUUACGAGCCCAUGGCACUGAAGGAAUUGGAGAAGAUCUGCCGCGAUGUUCUCGGCGGUGCCUGUGGGAAGGGAGUGAGGAAGGUGGCAUGCGCUCACCGUCUAGGUGUGGUGCCCCUCGGCGAGGCCUCUGUGCUCAUCGCCGUGGCUUCGGAACAUCGUGCCGAGGGCUUCGAUGCCUGCCGGUACAUCAUCGACACGCUGAAGGCGAAAGUUCCGAUCUGGAAGAAGGAGAUUUAUGCAGACGGGUCGACCUGGAAGGCAAACAAAGAGUGGGAUCCCAGCCACAGCUAG